AUGACCCGAUCGAUUGUGGUGUCCAAGUGUGAGAGAAAGAGCGAAUCGAGGACCGUCAUCAACACAGAGAAGAAGAGAGUGUACGGACUGAGUUUCCAUUAUAAGCGACCAUGGAUUCUCGCGAGUUUGGAUUGUGGCGAGAUCCAGCUGUGGGAUUAUCAUAAAGAGUGUUUGAUCCGUCGUUUCGGUGAGCACCAAGGACCGGUUUAUGGUGUUGAUUUGCACAAAUCGACUAAUUUGUUCGUCUCUGGAGGGGAUGAUCGAAAGAUUAUGGUCUGGGACUGCUACAAGUCACAAAGUCUCUUCACUCUGCAAGGGCAUGGAGAUAUUAUCAGAACCGUGCAGUUUCACCACGAAUACCCGUGGAUAGUUAGUGCUAGUGACGAUAAAACUGUACGCAUAUGGAACUGGCAAUCACGGAAUUGUAUCUGUGUCUUGACCGGUCACAACAGCUAUGUCAAAUCCGCCUCUUUCCAUCCCACCAAAUACCUUGUCCUAUCAGCUUCUAUGGAUUGUACAGUCCGUAUUUGGGAUAUUGGUGGUCUUAGGAAGAAGACACUGUCUCCAGCUGAUGCCCUCCCACGUUCCAGUCAGAUGUUUAGUGGUGAUGAUGCUAUAGUCAAGCACUUGCUCCAAGGUCAUGCCGCAGGAGUAAACUCGGCUUCUUUUCAUCCUACCCUACCUCUUAUUGUCUCUGGCUCAGAUGACAACCAACUAAAGUUGUGGGAAAUGGAUGAAACCAGAGCCUGGGAGAUAAAGACAUUGCAAGGGCAUACAAACAAUGUGUCAUCUGUUAUAUUCCACGCGAAACAAGACAUAAUUGUCUCCAACUCUGAAGAUAAAAGCAUCCGCGUCUGGGAUGACAUUGAGCAAACUGCAAAUCUCACUUCCCGUCAAGAGAUGAAAUUACGGAGUUAUCCACCAGGUCACCCAUUGAAUCUACAAGCAGCGAGAUUUGGGAGUGGCAUGAUUACUUCAUCACGCACUUUCCAGGAAGAAGAGAAAUUCUGGAGUCUUGCUGCUCACCCAGAGACAAAUCUACUCGCAGCAGGACAUGACAGUGGUAUCAUCAUCUUCACGGCUAAGAGAGUACGCCCUGCAUUUGUUGUGAGUAAUGAUUUUCUGAUAUAUGCCAAGGGUCAUGAGUUGCGGCGCUAUGAAUUCUCAAAUCAAAGUGACUCGCAUAUUAUGCGUUUACCAAGUGGGGCAAGGACUCUAUCUUAUAGUCCAGAGAAAGAUGCAUUACUCAUCUCCACAAAUCCGGAUGGGCAAUAUGAGUUGCGCAAGUUAUCAGAACCGACAAGUCCGCCUUUGUACCCUGGAAAUUAUCAGUCUGCGGUGUUCGUAACACCGAAUAGGUUUGCUGCUCUUGAAGACUCUCGUAAAGUGUUACUGAUAGAUCUGCACAACAAGAUCCGUUCAAACUUUAGCCUGCUAGUACGUGCUGAUGCUGUUUUCUACGCCGGGACUGGAUAUCUGCUUUGCAGAUCUGAGCAUCAACUGUUGAAGAUUGACAUAAAUGGUGCUUUCGUUGCUGCGCUUAAGAUACCAUCUGGAUCUGUUAGACACGUUGUUUGGUCUCGGGAUAUGGAGAGUGUAGCUUUGCUCAGCAAACAUAGUAUACGUGUUGCAACCAAGAUGCUCGUCAGCCAGUGCUUCAUUGAGGAGACAAUACUAGUGGACAGUGCUGCUUUUGAUGAAAUUGGUGUCUUGCUUUAUACUACUUUGAGCCACAUCAAGUACUGUCUUCCUAAUGGAGAUAUUGGAACCAUACAACCCCUGGAAGUCCCCAUGUACAUCACCAAGGUUUGUGGAGAUAGAGUCUUCUUACUGGACCAAGAUGGAAGAAAUGGAGUGGUUACAAUCGACCAAAGUGAAGAGGCUUCCGUGAAACUCCACUCCAUUUGGAGAGUGAAAGGAUCCGAUUCAAGCAGGCUAUCUCCAGUGGCUGCUGAAUCAGCAACAGAGUUGCUUGCUUAUGAGUCUCUUAGAAAAGGUAAUAUCCUUUCAGCUGAAGUGUCUUACAAGCAGACAAGAAACUUUGAGAGGCUUUCUUUUCUCUAUUCCGCUACUGGAAAUCUGCCCAAACUGUCGGAGUUGAUGAAGACUGCAGAAGCGAAAAGCAACCUCUCGUUUCAGCUUCAGAGUGCGCUAUUUCUGGGGGAUGUUGAAGAACGCAUUAGGAUACUUGAGAAAACUGGAAAUUUGACUCUUGCGUACACCACGGCUUCAGUGCACGGUUUAGUUGACGUUGCGGAGCGUCUUGCAAAUGUUCUAGGAGAGUUGCCAACUUUGCCUAUAGGCAAAGCUGCUCCGUCGCUUCUGAUGCCUCCGAGGCCUGUCAUGUGUGGGGGUAACUGGCCAAUGAUUGCUGCUCUAGGUCAAGGCGAAGAGGUUAUGGGUGAUGAAGAAUCUCUAGGUCAAGACGAAGAGGUUAUGCGUGCUGAAGAAUCUAAUGUCGCGAGGGUUUCUACUUAA